AUGGCGUGGAAGGACAGCCUAUGGGAAGAGAUGGAGCCGAAUGAGAAACUGCUCGGACAGGAAGAAAAGGCUCUUCAUGAAGUUUACACGGAUCAUAAACUAACAGAUCGUGAGCUACGUUUUCUACAGUUUGCUUCUAUUGAAUAUGACGAUGUCAUAUAUAUGAGCCCAAUGGAUUUCAUUGACUCUCUAACACUGGACACUCCGCGAGAGCGUGUAUAUAGAAGAGUGCUAAAGGAAGACGAUGUGAAGCAAAUGCUCAAAUCAACGCCACCUUUUCGGUCUGGAAGCAAUCGUUUGUUCCGGACACUUGAUCAGAAUGGCUUGAUUUCAUACGCUGAGUAUAUUUUCUUGCUCACACUAAUGACAAAAUCGAAAUCUUCCUUUAAAAUAGCGUUCCUGAUGUUUGACAAAGACGACAACGGAAGAAUCGAUAAGGAUGAGUUCCUACAGAUUCGUAAUCUGACGUCUUCUCUGCGUUCUACUUGUGGUGUUCGUAAGAAUAACUCAGACGACUCAUGUCAAUUGGAUGUCUCAGAUUUUCACUUCAUGGUUUCCCGUCUUCAGGAUCGGCUUUUUACAGGAUCUGACUCGUAUGCCUUGAUUUUUACAAAAAGUGAGGAGAGCGUGAGGAAACAAGAUACGACAUUAUUGAUACAUCUGUUUGGUGUACAUGGCAAUCAUAACCUUUCUUUUGAGGAAUUCAGACAGUUUUAUAAAAAUUUACAAGAGGAGAUAAUGGAGAUAGAAUUUCAUGAGUUUUCACGUGGAAAGCCGACUAUCUCCCCUGUGGAUUUCGCACGCUUAGUUUUAAGGUACACGAUAAUUAACAAGGAUGAUUAUCACACAUAUAUAAAUCGUGUCAAAGAACGUACACCUCAAGACGAUAAGGGUAUAACUCUUAGCGAAUGGGCUCGAUUUUCUGUGUUUUUAAAUAACCUAGAAGAAUUCGCAACGGCUGUGCGUCUUUAUACCAAUGCCGAUAUUCCAGUUUCACCUCUGGAGUUUACACGGGCGGUCCAAACUACUACUGGUGAGUCCCUGGAUCCACAUCUGGUGUCCCUAAUUUUUCGCAUAUUCGACGCCAAUGAUGACGAAACGCUUAGUUAUCCCGAACUUCUGGCAGUGAUGAAUGACAGGCUGCAUAGAGGACUCAAAGACAAGCUCGACAAGUCAUGGGGAUGGAAACCGUUCAAGAAAUGUGUGAUAAACGAACUCUCACAUUAUUGA